AUGGAAAGUUUUUUAGCCAAUCGACCAGAUGCACCAAGUCGUUGUACAUUUACUCUUGGUGGUGAUCAAAGUAAAUCUCCACAUAAUUUUGGUUCUAGACAAAAAUCACUUCGUCAAAAAAUCUACAAUAAUGUUCUUGAAUUAAUCGGUGAUACACCAGUUGUCCGUGUUAAUCAAUUAGCAUGCGAUACAGGUGUUAAAUGUAAUCUUUUGGCUAAACUUGAAUAUUUCAAUCCUGGUGGUAGUGUUAAAGAUCGAAUUGGUUUGCGUAUGAUUGAAGAAGCUGAACGUGCUGGAAUAUUAAAACCCGGUGAUACUAUCAUUGAGUCAACUGCCGGAAAUACAGGCAUUGGAUUAGCAUUAGUCUGUGCGGUGGAUGUACUUCGUGCACUAGGGGCUGAAAUUGUUCGUACACCAACAAAGGCAUCAUUUGAUUCACCUGACUCAGAUAUUGCUACAGCUCAUCGAUUAAAAACAGAAAUUCCUAAUUCACAUAUUCUUGAUCAGUAUCGAAAUGCAUAUAAUCCAAUUGCUCAUUAUGAUACAACAGCAGAAGAAAUUAUUGAAGCAUGCAAUGGACAAGUUGAUAUGAUUGUUGCUGGUGCUGGAACAGGAGGAACAUUAACUGGUCUUUCAAGAAAAUUAAAAGCAAAAUGUCCGAAUUGUAUUAUUGUUGGUGUUGAUACAGAAGGUUCAUUAUUAGCUUUACCAGAAACAAUGAAUGAAAUCGGAAUUACAUUUUAUGAAAUGGAAGGAAUUGGACAUGAUUUUAUUCCAACUGUACUUGAUCGAUCAUUAGUUGAUCGAUGGUAUAAAAGUACGGAUAUAAUUUCAAUGAAUUGUUCAAGAAAAUUAAUUAAAGAUGAAGGAAUUCUUUGUGGUGCUUCAUCUGGUGCAGCCAUGUCAUGUGCUAUACAAGCGUGUAAAGAUUUUAAACUCACUGAAAAUCAAAAUUGUGUUGUUAUCCUACCAGAUUCUGUUCGAAAUUAUAUGACGAAAUUUUUGAGUGAUGAUUGGAUGUGUGAUCGUGGUUUUCUUGAUAUUAAAGAUGAAUCAACUAGUGAGUGGUGGCAGACAAAGCCUAUAUCAAGUUUACCAAUUUGUGAGCCGGUUACAGUAUCAGAAAAUGCAACAAUUGAAUCAGUAUGUGAUAUAAUGUAUGCCAAAGGUUUUGAUCAAAUUCCUGUUAUUUCUAAUGAUGGGGGAUUUAUGGGUAUGGCAACAAUGUGUGAAAUAAUGGCAAAAAUAUCAUGUGGUACAAUCAAUGCACAAGAUUCAGUGUCCAAAGUGGUGACAGACAAAUUUCAAACGGUUCAAUUGGAUGAUAAUUUGGCAAAAUUGAGUCGUAUUUUAGAAACUCAUAAAUAUGCGAUCAUUAAAUUUCCUCAUGAUCAUCACCAGGAUCACUCAACAAUACAAAACAGAACACAUAGAUUUGGUAUAAUAACAAGUAUUGAUUUGCUUAACUUUAUUGUUAAACAAAAUGGUUUUCAUGAAGAAGAAAAAUGA